AUGGAUGUUCUACUCUAUGCUGUAUUUGACUGGCUGGAAGGCCACCGAGAAGUGGUUGCCAUCGACGGCGACAUCAACAUGUUAACCGUGGUGUCCGACUACAAAGACUUCCUCUUGUUCGCCGUCGAUCCGCUCGAGACCCCCGUCCUCGUGCUCAUUGGGGUGUACAUCCUCUUGUACGCUUCGUUCGUGUCUUAUAACCUUGGCGGGUUCAACCUGACCAAAUUCAACCGGGUCGUGGGCGACGCUGGCCUCGCCCACUUUGUGUCGUCCCCUCGGUCGAUGUUGGACACGGUGGUGGUUGCAGGCGAGUCGGUGUGGCUAACGUACGCACUGCAAGACCUCGUCCUUCCCCUGACAGAAAAGUACUCGGCUACAUCAUACGUAGCCCCCCUCGCGCCCAAAGCUACCAUCCACCACACAUGCACUGCCGUCAAGUUCACGUCCGACUACAUCAAGUCGUGGGUGUACGUCCGCAUCGCAACGUCCCACCACUCGCAAUGUUCAAUAGCCACGGCCGAGUUUGUCAACAAAAAGCUGUACCAUACUGGUGGAUCACCAACCACCAUCCUGACACGAAUGGCUCAGCUUACGUUUUGGUGGGAGGCGUGUAAUGCCAUGGGGCACCUCACGUUGUUCGGCAACUUCUUUGCACGCAAUUUGCUCACGGCAAGUGACCUGCCACUCCUCGAGCUCGACAGCGUGGGAUACGGCCAUAUGCAAUGGUAUAAUACCAGCACCACCCUUAUUGAAUACCCGUUUCUGUACGCGUCGACUGUACAAACCGAAGUCAGCUGCAUCCCUGCGGUCAUUGAAGGCCUCCGCACGACCGACGCGAAUCUCCUGCCUUGGAUCUUUAGCCCCUAUUGA